UCACCUCCUUGUCUUGUGGGUCAGUCAGAAGCUACUGAGAAGCUAGCAGAGCUAGCAUGGUCACAGUGGUUCAGAGGGAAGGUCGAUGGUAGGACGGCAGCAUCUUCACAGAUAGUUUAACCCACCUGUCAUUUAUUUAUUUGACAACCUCGUGCAAAUACACGAAGGCGAACGUUUUUUAAAAAAAAAAGUAUUUAGCUUGCUAACCAUUUUAGCGAGCUAGCUUGAAGUUCCGCUUAGCGUCUUCACCUCCAUCGGGACAUCUAACGUUACAGCCAUGGCUGCGUUGAGAGUGUCCUAUCACAGGAUCCUGGACAAGAUCGAGCACAUGCUGCCCAGCAAACUGAGACCUCUAUACAACCACCCGGCAGGUCCAAAAACAGUUUUCUUCUGGGCCCCGGUGUUUAAAUGGGGUCUGGUUGGAGCUGGUUUGGCUGAUAUGACUCGACCAGCAGACAAACUCAGUACCUCCCAGUCUGCAGUGCUGACGGCCACCGGCCUGAUCUGGUCCAGAUACUCGCUGGUCAUAAUCCCCAAAAACUGGAACCUGUUUUUGGUCAACUUCUUCCUCGGCAGCGCUGGAGCCUCCCAGCUCUACAGGAUCUGGAGGUUCAACCAGGGUCAGAAGGCCAUAGAGGCCGAAGAGGCUGAAGAGGCCGAAGAGGCUGAAGAGGCUGCAGCAUCUAAAGAGGCUGCAGAGUCCUAAUCGCUUCUGUUACCAACGCUCCGCUUCCCUCCGUGGACUGAAAGGGAGACGUCUCACUGGGCACAAAGUGGCCCCUUCCUAUCAUCGGCCCAUAUUGUCUCCAUAAUACUCAUGCCAUAACCAUUGUUCUACCCUGUUGGAAAUGUGCACUUUUCCUUGAGUUUCAAAUCUCCUCAGAAGAGACAGAACCAUCUUCAACACACACUCAAGAGUUAUUGUCAACGCACAAGUAUUACUUGUUUUAACAUGUAUGAUUGUAAAUUCUGUGUUCAUGCUUUAAGUCUCGUGCACCAGUUGGGAAGUUUUUGCUUUUUUUUCCCCCAUCAUCAUAUUUCAGGUGUAGCAAACAGUACCUCAUGCACUAAUUUCCCAAAACAUGUAAGUCUCGGAUAUGUGUUGAACGUGUUUAAAGGAAUGUUUCCAGAUUAAAUUAAGGACCUUGUCACAUUAAUCUAUUCGUUUAUGUAUUUAUAAUUAGGUUACAGUUGCUGUACCUCAGUGAUUAUUAAAUCAUUAUUACCAUGUAAUGAUUUCUUGCAUUUUAACAGCUUUAAUCUGUGAGCGAAUCAUAACUUAUUAAUCACUUGAUUAAAUAAUUGUCUUGUGAAAACUAUAGAAAGUUAUUUUGAUUAUCAGCACCACUUAAACCAAUGGCACGUGUUUAACCCGUGCAGCUUUUUAUUGAUUUGAGUCGACGAAGCAAAAACUGACACGCCAACGGCUCUUUAUUAUCACAAUCCUGUUGAAUGCUUUACUAGAAAGGUGUUUCAUAUUUGUGUGAGAAUAGUACUUCCAUUAACACGUUCCCAACUUAGUUUACACGUUAGAAUCCUAUGAAUAUUUUGGAAAAUGGUGUCAUCACUUUUGAAUAUUUCUUGAUCUGCUGAUUGAACAAAUGGUACUUUGGUCGGCUGUGUGAUUCUAAUAAAUCCUGUUUAAUACCUGCA